UCAGUACCGCGUCUUUUAGAAAAUGUAAUGCUGUCCUCAAGACAGGAAUAAGCAUAGUCGGUAGCCACUAUUUUUUUCACAUUGCUGGCAAUAUCGCACGGCGACUGUAUGUGCACACUCUCGGUCAGCACUGAUGAGUACAAAUAUAGUAGUUUAUUUCUCAUUAUUAUUAUUAUUAUUAACAUGGUCUUUUGUCACGAUCCCAUGUACGAAUAACAAAACAUAAUACACUGGCCUUUUGGACAAGUGUUUCUGCACCAACUUUGGAUUCUUACUGUGGAGUUCCUUCAAUCCGUCAAGGGAGGAGGUGGUGAACCAGCUGUUGCUCUCUUUGCCCAUUGAACAGCCUGCCCCCACUACCACCAGCCAUGUCCAAGAGGAAACAAUUCACCCCGCGCCAGAAUAGUCAGUUUCAGAACGGCACCGCUUCAGAGGACGGAUCUACAACACUGAUUGCCGAGGUGGAGGAGCGAAACGGCUCUGAGGCGGACAUGACGGAUGCUGCGUCAAGUGGUGAUGCUGCGGCAGUGCAGACUCUGGCGACAGGUGACGUUCAUCUUUGUGGAUCUUGUCAAGCGGAAUUUAAAUCCUUAGAGAGAUUUCUUCGACAUAAAGAGUCGUGUUUGCCGGCCAAUACGAGUAUGCCCAGUCGAUCGAGUCAGGAUGACGAGGACGGUGUGGUGGAAACACAGUUGGAGAGGCGGAUUUUAUCGGCUAAUUCGGCAGCCGGCAAUCCGGACAGUCCAAGCAAUAUUCAGAUUAUUGUUUCACAAAUUCAACAGCAGCAUUUUAUGCUGAUGCGCAUGAUGGAGAAGAUACUGCUGAAAAUUAACGGUGUGAUGAAUGAUAAUGUGAAUCGCAGGAGCCCCAGACAACCAACAAGAAUGUCUGAUGCUACACUUGAAGUGAACAGAGCAUCAAGUGAGAAGACUAAACGGCCGGAUUUUAUCUGUCCAGUAGAUCACCUGGAAUUCCCUGAUUUGAAAUCAUUUCUGGAGCAUAUUAAAAUACACGAUAAUAUGCCUUCGACAAGUAACGACAUUGGCCGGUUGAACCGAGUACAGGAUGAAAAUUUGAAUAUUGGCGCUUGUAAAGCCGUCAAUGACAAAUCUAAGCCGUCAUCCCAGCCGAACCAGCUAUCGGAUCUGGGAUCACCCUUCUCGGACGGUGGCGAGGAUACAGCGGUGGAGCGAAGUGACAUGAAUGGGCAUCUACGAGAGGAGGAAGUGAUGGAAGAUGAUUUCAGCGAUGACGGGAAGGCAGACGAUAUGGAUAUGACGCCGUUAGGGCCGGAUGGACAGCCACUUGACCCCGCACUGUACAUGGCUCUGCUGCCCACACCCGGUAGUAACGACAAUGCCUGGGAACAGCUGAUGGAGAUUGCCACGCCUCUGGAUAGUGCCCGGUUGCAGGAUAUGGCGGAUAGGAUGGAUGAUAAGCGCGAUCCACAUGAAUGUGUUAUCUGUAAACGAGUGCUCAGCUGCAAGAGUGCGUUGCAGAUGCAUUACAGAACUCACACCGGUGAACGUCCAUUUCGAUGCAAAUUAUGCCGACGCGCCUUCACCACAAAAGGGAAUCUAAAAACUCAUAUGGGUGUCCAUCGGGCCAAGCUGGCUGGAGCGGCCAGUCCAGCGGCACAAUGCCCACCGGAGCUUCCCAGUGUAAUGGCGCUACAGCAGCGCAUGAUUGAACACAGUAUGACUCCUGAAUCCGCCGGCUGCACGAUGCCGAAUUCAGUAUCAUCCGUGUUCGGAAGCGCUCUUCAUCAUGGGUUUCGAAAUAUCAACAGCAUGGCUUUACGUCCCGAUUGGUCUACCCAGCCGCCUUCGUCUCAGAAUUCGUUUCAAAGCCUGGAAGCAUUGAUUCAACGCACAACUGGUGGAAUUGGCGGUGCAAGUGACAAUUACGAAGAAAGAUUUCCUAUGGAUCUCUCGGCCCCUCACAAUGGUGGUGGUCAUCGGUUGGACCGUGGGGAUAGCGAUACUCAGUCUGUGAAAAGCAACGAUGACGGUGAUCUGGAUGACGCAAUGGAUAGUCCGAGCUUUAACGAUAUGAGCCGGACGAACGGCGGCCUAAUGGAUCCAGUUAUGAGAUCGGCGUCUAAUAGCGACGGCGCACUCGAUCUGACACCGCGAUGCACAUCAGCGACGCCCAUCUCUCCCGACGGAGUUCUGUCGGGGAAUAAUGUAUCCCGAUUGACCUCACCAAGAAAUACGACAUGCCAUGUUUGCUUCAAGACAUUUGCUUGUCAGAGUGCUUUACAGAUCCAUUUUAGAAGUACUCAUAUUGGCAGCCACACAAAGGAGCGACCCUUUACAUGUCCCACAUGCAACCGCGGGUUCUCAACCAAAGGAAAUAUGAAACAGCAUAUGUUAACCCACAAAAUUCGCGACUUACCAGCACAGCAAUUUGGACAAUCUCAGUCGUCUAAUAAUACCCAGUCAGCGGAUGAAUCCAGUCUGGAAGAGAAACCGAUAGUGGACACGAUGGUAUUAACAGCAUGUAGUGCUGCGGCUGUAGCCGGAAUUGGUGGAGCAGCAGCCAAACAGCCGUUGCUGGAUGAAGAUUCUAACUCGAUCAUCUCCAAGGAUAAUAACAAUAUCAGCAAUGGAUCGAUCGCCAGCCAGCGACGAAGUGGCUAUGCCAAGAAUGUUUGUCAUGUGUGUGAUAAACCCUUCAGUAGUAAUAGUGCACUCCAGAUUCAUAUGCGAACGCAUACCGGAGAGAAGCCCUUCGUCUGUGACAAAUGUGGACGCGCUUUUACUACGAAGGGAAAUUUGAAAGUGCACAUGGGCACGCAUAUGUGGAGUGAUCCAGGAGCGGCAACCGUUCGCCGGCGGAAUAACUCUUCCGAUCCGGACAUGCCACUGCCCAAGCGGCAUGCACCCGAGCGAGAACUGUCCAGCCAGCCCCUGCCUCUUCCCAUGAACCACUCCGUCAUGCCCAACCCGGCGGCCGGCGAGGGACCGCCACUUCCUGGUUUUUAUCCCGGUGUGCCCAAUUUCAGUGAAAUGCAACGAAAAUUCCUGGAUAGCUACGGUGCUUCGGUGGGACUGCCAUCGAAUCCCCUGUUUUUCCCUUAUGCUGCCAUGUUCAAUGGGAUGGCGGGGAAAAUGGGCAUGGGAAAUCCGGCCGCGGCCAGCUUUUACGCCGCCCAGGCGGCAAUGAGCGGUAUGGGACCGAAUAAUUACUUUGGAUUGAAUGGAAAUAUUCCCGGCUUUGAUAUGAAUGGGAUGGUGAAAAGGAUGAGUGAGCCGCAAAGCGGAGAUUCUGCCGGUUCUAGGAGUCCAAGAAGUUCUGAUACGCCCGAAUCACGGCAGUCAGCGGAUAGUCGUACCGUUUCGCCAACUCGACCUCCUGUGCCCGACAUGACUGCACCUAUAACCGCACAGAAAUAACUUGAGAAUAAUGGUGUGCAAUGGCAGAGCAUACGUCUUCCGGAAAGAAAAAAGUACACCAUUGGGAAUUAACGGCAAAAGCGGAAUAGAAAUGAAUGGAACACGGUCCAGUUCCAACUGAAUGAGCGCUGCGAUGGGAAAAUGAGCAGAGGGAUUCUCUGUCAAAAUAGUAUAUGAGCUAGGCAUACUUCUGGAAAAGUUGGACAUUUUGUUUGUGUUCAUAUAAUCGAGCAUAGCGGUUUUUGUGAACGAACUAUGUCUUUUUGGAGAAGGUUUACGUUUAUUCCACAGAAAAGUGUUUUGGCAUGGUCUUCUCUUUAAAUCUGCUUGCAGACUGAUCUUAAACGAAACCGGCUGUUCUCAGUUUUUGAUAGACAUGUUAUUUUUUCUUGCAUGUUAUAAGAGAAAUGUUUUUGGAUUUGCUAUGUUACGUUACUGUGGAGAUAUCAGAUUGAUACCUUUUUUUCCAGUAAACGUUGCAGGUUUUUCUCUAUUCAAAAUAUUCCAGUUGUACUAUUUAAUUCACCUGCAUUUUCAUGUUCCUGCGUUUUUCGGCAUUUUUCCUUUGAUCUGUGCAACCAGCAUCUGUUAGCAAAUUGUGGAAUAGUGGCUGGUGUUGAUGCUUUUAUACUUCUUAUGUUUUUACCUCGACUAAUAAGUUUACCUUGAUGCUUUAUGGAAUUCAAUUAAAAAAGC